GUACUAUCAUUCCCUUUUAUCUUCAAGAUCAUUGAUUGGUAAACCUACAGGAGACUUCCAAUGUAACAGGAUUAUCAUGCAAUCUCACACCCCACUUGGAAAUAUAUAAAGGCACCAUCACAUCCUGAUAUGGCUACCAACAGUAAUAGUGUACCAUCUUCCCCUCAUCCCCGCUUCCCUUCACAACUAACCCACAUACCAACUCAACUACUCACAACAGAAUGUCCAAAUCGUCAUCUUGAUUCACCCCCUCCUUUCGCCUCCACAAACAACGAACAUCUAAUAGUACCUCCCCCUCAACCCAACCCACCUCGGAAACAAUAUCCGAUCCCGCUCCGCAAUCCUAAACACAGACCCAGACCCAAAUCAUGAACCCCAACAUCAACCUCACCAUCGAAACCAUCCGCGCCCCCUCCACCACCCCGCCCAAACCAACCAGCAUCACAAUCUUCCUCGCCGGCAGCACUCCCCCGGCACCCACAACCACCAGCAGAGACUCAUCUAAUCCGAUCCGCAUCUCCUCCUUCUCCUCUCGCUCCAGACGAGACAACCACCAACAACAACCACCUCCACCCCACCCCCAACAUGGCGCGAUACCUUCUCCACCCACCUAGCCCACUACUUCCUCCCAAAGCCACAACUACAACCGGACCCAGACAACACCAACACCAAUACUACCCCCCAAACCAUCCACCUAACAAUCCUCGACCCCUUCCGUCCAGACUGGGACAGUUCGUGGCGCGAAGACCCAUCUUUCCCGCCGUUCAAGGAACAGGUCUCGUGGGAGAUGGAGCAGCGAGAACGGGCUGAUAUUGUGCUGUUUCACUUUGAUCCUGCGAGUAUGGCGCCGAUUAGUUUGUUGGAGUUGGGGCUGUGUAUGCGGGAGCCUGGCAAGGUGGUGGUUGUUUGUCCGAGGGAGUAUUGGAAGAGUGGGAAUGUCAGGUGGGUUUGUGAGAGGUUUGGGGUGCAGGUGGUGGAGGGUUGGAGGAGGGGC